AAUUAAUGGAUAAUUUAGCUCAGCUCGAGAACUUAAACAGUUCUUCAACAAGUAAUUAAAUGGAUAAGAAUACACCAAAUACUACUAUGAGUACUGUAUUUGGAAACGAAUUGGUUCGUACAUAUGCAAGUCCUAAAGUACAACCUUUAAGUGGAAGAACCUUUAAAAUUGGAGUAAUGAUUCUAUUUAUUUUUAAAGAUAUGUGGCGGCCACUCCUCAGGAAAAGCAUUAUUAACAGAAAAGCUUUAGACUGAACUCCAAUCAUUAGGGUUUUUGGUUAGCGUGGUUAAAUAAGAUAAUUUUGAUGUUGACAGUGAUGACUUCGAUCAUUAGUAUAUAUCAAAUAUUAUCUAAGUAAGCAAAAUUCUGAUAGUCUAAAUAAUGUUCCUUAUGUUAAUAAUUAAGAUUAUUAAAAAUUUUUAGUAAAAUUUAUGCUAAUUUAUAGUCAACUGCCAUUAACACUCUAUUGACUACGAAAGAUAAGAAUGUCAUUAUAAUUGAAGGAACUUUGAUUUUGUAUGAUAGACAACUGAGAGAUUUACUAGAUCUAAAAAUAUUCUUACAUCAUGAUUAAGAUGUGAGAUUAUCGAGAAAAAGUAUUUGAUUUUAUUAGUUUUAGUUUACAAGGAAGUCUGCGCCAAAGGCAAAGAUGUGGAGAAAGUCAUUCAUAAUUAUUUAAAUAGAUUAAAACCACUUUUUGAUUCUAUUAUCAAGCCCACAGAAUAAUAUGCUGAUAUUAUUAUUCCAAAAUUCGGAGGAGAAUUCUCCUUAAAAUCACAAGAAUACUUAGGUACAACGUCAAUGUAAGCUGGCUUUGAUAAUGUUAAUCCAAAUAUCAUGGAUUUGCUUGUAAAGAUCGCAAAGGCUUAAAUUUUAGGAAAUGAUAAAGUUGAAAAAACUGAAAAAGCCUCAACACCCACAAAAUGA